AUGGCUCAGAUCAAGCCAAAACAGUUUGCACGGUUCAGAUCUGCAGAAGCUUCUCAUCUCUCUUCUUCACCAUCAGAGUGUUGUAUAUUUAGAAUACAUGAAGAACUUCGGGGAGUAAACGAGAAGGCUUAUGACCCAGACAUUGUUGCAAUAGGUCCUUAUCACCGUGGUAAAGAUCGCCUACAGAUGAUGGAGGAGCACAAGUUACGCUAUUUGCAAUUACUUCUUGAACGAAAAAAUGAGGCUGAUCUAGAAAGAUACGUCUUUGCUAUUAGAUCACUAGAACAAGAAGCACAACCAAUAAGCCUUAGUCCUGAUGAAAUGAUUGAAAUGUUGAUAUUGGAUGGUUGCUUUAUCAUUGAAUUGGUGUGGAACUUUGAGAUUGCAUGCCUUAGAGAUAGAAAUGAUCCUAUUUUUAAAAUGGACCGGAUUGAUAAUAGCUUGCAACGCGAUUUAAUGUUAUUUGAAAACCAACUGCCCUUCUCUAUACUCUGCGAGUUAUUUGACUUGAUCGAGAUUCCAAACAACCAUAACAGGCUCAUUCGUCUUGCCUUGUGUUUUUUCAGUGAUCUUUUACUAGAUCGAGGUCAUUCAGACCAUGUUCUUGGUAAUUCACACAAUAACCAUUUGCUCGGGACUGAGUCAUUCUUCAGAAACCUCAUUGCGUACGAGCAAUAUUGUCCUGAUAAUCGACUCAACUAUGUCACUGAUUAUGUGAAAUUUUUGGAUUGCCUCAUUGAGACUCCACAAGAUGUCGAAAUACUUCAUCGUCGUGGAAUCAUCAAUAACUGGAAAGGUGAUGAUGAAGUGGUUGCCAGGAUAUUUAAAAAGAUUAGCGAUGGUGUCACGGGGCCAGGGGAACAUUUCCAAUACCCUGAUGUGUUCAACAAGGUGAAUAGACAUUGCAGCACACGCAGGAAUCAAUGGAUGGCAAACUUAAAUCAGAACUAUUUGAAUAGCCCUUGGGCAUUUAUUUCAAUUCUGGCGGCCUUGCUAUUACUUCUACUCACUUUGACACAAACUAUAUUUACUGUUUUUCCUAUCAAACAUUAAUUAUGGUAGCAAAACAUAUAAACAGUCGCUUCUUCUUAUUGGAGAGUUUUCAACCCUUUCUCAUCCUCAUUACUGUUAGAAAGGACCAAAUCAACAACAUAUAAACAGUCUCUCCUUCUUACAAUGUGCAAUCUUAGGAAGGUUACGAUUUUUAUGGUGAAAGAUAUGAAUGUUUUUAGUGUGUUUUGUGUCACUUUGUGAUAAAAGUUACAAAUUAAAAGUUAACACGUUACAAAUAACAAAGUUAUGCUACCAAUUUACC